GGCCUGUGCGUCUGGACACCUAGGAGAGUAGGGGCAGAGUUUCGCCUGGGCAGAAAACCAUGUUGCGCCGCAAGCCCUCCAACGCCAGCGAGAAGGAGCCCACGCAGAAGAGAAAGCUCUCACUUCAGCGCUCCAGCAGCUUCAAGGAUUUUGCCAAAUCCAAACCCAGCUCCCCGGUGGUGAGCGAGAAAGAAUUUAAUCUGGAUGAUAAGAUUCCAGAAGAUGUCUCAGGUGUCCCUACCCCAGAAGAUGCUGGGAAGAGUAGCAAAAAGCUGGGGAAGAAGUGGAGGGCAGUGAUUUCAAGAACCAUGAACAGGAAAACUGGCAAGAUGAUGGUGAAGGCCCUGUCGGAGGAGAUGGGAGACCCCCUGGAAGAGAGCUCAGGCUCCCCGACAUCCCCAGACUGCAGCCUAGACAGCCCUGGACCCGAGAAGAUGGCGCUGGCCUUUUCUGAGCAGGAGGAGCGAGAUACCCCUGCACUGAGCCGCCAGACAUCCACAGGCAGCGAGCUCUGCAGCCCCAGUUUCAGGGAGGAAGCACCUGCCCCUCAAUACACAGGACCCUUCUGUGGCCGGGCACGUGUCCACACAGACUUCACCCCAAGCCCCUAUGACCGCGACUCAUUGAAACUGCAGGUAAGAUUGGCCUCAGGGCAGCUUCUUGAGCCUGGCGGGUGGCUCCCCACAAGGAGACCCCCACAGAGCAGGGGUGCCCUUAAGCCUCUCUGUCCUCCCUCACAGAAAGGAGAUAUCAUUCAGAUCAUCGAGAAGCCGCCAGUGGGCACGUGGCUGGGCCUGCUCAAUGGCCGGCUUGGAUCUUUCAAGUUCAUUUAUGUGGACGUGCUGCCUGAGGAGAGUGUGAGCCCUGCCCGCCCGUGCCGCAGCAAGAGCAAGGGCAAGAGGCCCAAGCCCAAAACCCUACACGAGCUGCUGGAGCGCAUUGGCCUGGAGGAGCACACGUCCACCCUACUACUGAAUGGUUACCAGACCCUGGAGGACUUCAAGGAGCUGCGGGAGACGCAUCUCAACGAGCUGAACAUCAUGGACCCGCAGCACCAGGCCAAGCUGCUCACUGCGGCUGAGCUGCUGCUGGACUACGACACAGGCAGCGAGGAGGCAGAAGAGGGCACUGAGAACAUCCAGGAGCCGGUGGCACACACAGAAUCUGAACCCAAGGUGGACAUACCUCGGGACUCAGGCUGCUUCGAGGGCUCGGAGAGCGGGCGCGAUGAGACGGAGCUGGCAGCAACCGAAGAGCAGCUCCACCGCCUCUACUUGGCUGAGGAAUCUUGAAGUGGA